AUGGACACCGAAAAGCCGCUGGGCGUUUUGAGAGCAAGGUUUCUGCUGCUGGUUGGCGGAACUUUCGGGUGGCAUCGCCUGUAUUUACGCCAAGUCCCCGAGGCGUUCAUCUAUUUUUCGACUUUUGGCGUCUUUCUGCUCGGGCUUUUUUACGACAGUUUCUACAUCAAUUCCGAGGUCCGUGAGUAUAAUGAGCGGAUUGAGGGACGGCAAAAUGAGGAGAAGGCCAAACUUGCCAAGCAGCCCAACGUCAGCGAGCACGCCCCUUUCUCGUUGACCCGAAAUUUGUACGCAAUUCUAUACGGUUGCUACCUGGGUCUUUUCACCUGGCUGGCCGGGAAUAUAUCAUUUGGCGGAACGCUGGCAGAUAAUUUUCCACUUUUGAUAGCUGUGGCUGGAGCGAUAAGUACAGGGGUAUUUCUGAUCGGAAAUAGCGGCCGGAUGACGAUGAAAGCCGCCCAGAUCUGGAUCUCAACUUUUACACUAUUGGCGAUUACGGCGCGUCUGGCCGAGUCGAGCCCGGCUCGAUCCAUUUUCUUCUCGGCGAUCACCGGCACACUGGUGGGGAAUAGAGGGAUCAAACGGUUGAGCCCCAGGGAUCGCCCUUAUUCGUAUAAGCAUUAUGUGUUCUGGUGCUCCCUGUGGUUAUUUUGCCUGUGUCUUCUCGGGACCGGGGCUUGCCGGCAAUUGCUGGAGAAGCGCGUGUCAUUCCAUUCAAAUGAGGCACGGGUCUCUUCUACGCUCGCUACGUUACUUUACGAUCGCUAUAAAACCCCGCUAAAAGUCUACAAGCUUUUCGAGCUGCCAGACGUGAAGGUCGAUUUCGAGAAGAACCGGCGAAAACCUGGAAAAUCAAGCGAUCAGCCGUGGAGCUGGCUGAUGGACGUCUCUAGCCCGCCAUGGACGGAUGAAGCCGUCGCCUUCACUCUGGAUCUUUUGAAAGGAGAGGCACGUGCGAGAAAGGGUAAACUGGUGCACGAACCCCUGAAAUGGGCAGCCUGGAGACUGUACUUGAGGUGGACGAUGAAGCUCGAUUCUCGGGCCUCGGAUGCCGAUUAUCAGAUAGCGUGUGGAGCAUGGAGGAAAAAGAAUACGGGAAAAGUUGAAGGGAAGAAGAUGUAUGAUGUGACCCAAAUCGUGAGCGUGAGGCGUGCCUGCGAGGUCGUUACUUCC